AUGAAGUUCCUUGCCACCAUCAUCCCCCUCACCUCCCUCGCAGCCACGGUCCUCGCAGGUGAUUGCAUGAAAGCACCUUUUCAAUGCAAGGGUAUGUCUCUCACCUGUACCAUCGCCAUUCUCGUCACCCUCUUCACCACUACAGCUUCGGCGACUGAGUGUACAGUACCUGUUCUCUGCACCCGUAGCGUCGGUAAAUCACGGCUCAUAGCAAACAUACCCGGCUUUGAAGAAUUCGGCGACUCUUACAGCAGCAUCGAGUGUGCCCAGGUAGACUGUGGGCGUACCUGCCGACGGAGUCUAGAGUCUUGUCGUGUCCUCUGUGAUGGGGAUGAAGACGUAAGUAUACCUCGAUACCAGGAGGAGUUAUAUCCUUCGAAAGCGCAAGAUAGCUGA